AUGGCCAAGACGAAGCCCAGGAACGCCGAUCCGAUCGAUACGCCGCCGGGCCGCAGCAGCGCGGCCGUGAACGCCGCCGGGCGGCCGGGUCCGGUGGCGCGCCGCCGUCCCCGUAGCCGAUCGAAGAGGGCUGGACUGCAGUUCCCGGUGGUGCGGAUCCACGCGGCACUGAAGCGCGGCUGUUUCGUGGACCACGUGCGUUGGAACGGGUCCGUUUACGUGGCCUCGGUGCUGGAGUACCUGUCCGCGGAGAUGCUGGAGCUGGCGGGCGACGCGGCUCGCGACAACCAGAGGGUGCGGAUUACGCCCAGGCACAUAUUGCUGGCCGUCCGCAACGACCUAGAGCUGUCGGAACUGCUGCGCGACGUCACGUUCGCCGACGGCGGCGUGAUGCCGCACAUCGAACAGCAUCUGUUGCCCAAGAAGACGCUGUUCCACCGCCAACGCCGCCGCCCCGACAAGCUACCGCCGACCGAGGAGCGUUCGUCUUCGGAAGAAGACACGGACGGUUAA